ACAACAUGGCAAUGGACGAUCGGGUGGGUGACGCCCAGUACCAUGGUUGCGUGUUUUAUUGUAGCAUUCCUACUCGCCUGUGCACAUGUGAUCUUCUUCCACUGGCUGAACGGACGCAAGGUCGAGGACACCUUCUCCCAACCACACGUCAAUGCGGCCUCUUUGGUGUUCGCGAACGGGUUUCGCAUGUUCCUUGCCGCUGCCUUAGGCAUGGCGUUUAUCCAGAUGCUGUGGAAGCUUCUCCGUGCUCAGGCCAUGCGCGUGGGUGACAUCGACACACUUCUGUCAGUGUUGUCGAACCCUCUGAAGCUUACACAUGUCCACCUCAUGGGCCAGGCGCCCUUCCUUUUUCUGUGUGCCGUGGUCUGCUGGUGUCUCCCAAUCGCCAUGAUCUUCCCACCGGGGGCCAUGACGGUUGAGCCGCACAUGUUCGAGACCGUGACCCACAAGAGCGUGCCGACCUUUGAUGCAGCCUACACGGGCAAUGACACGAUUCUGGGCAUGUUGGCAAAUGCGCUGUGGCAGCCGGAUAUGUAUGAUGCGUACGAUGGCCCAACAAAUGAAAUUACUCGGAUCGCGAGACAGGCAAUGAUGGGAAGCGGCUAUCUGACCUCGUCUUCCCCGUGCGGACAGAACUGUUCGUAUUCUAUUAGCUUCACAGCACCGAGUUUGGAGUGCACAAACGAGAGUACCCCCGACCUUUUCAGUUGGAUCAAUGAAACAUAUCCAGAAAUGGCAACCUAUCCAUAUCUGUAUAUCGCCUAUCCGAAUUAUGAGGCACGGGUUAGUGGCGAGCUCGACUUCGAGUUUGGAAUGCAGUUCGCGCAAGGCGGCAAAACGCCUUACCAUAAUCUCAGCUGCGUGACGUACGAGUCAACAUACAAGCUCAACAUCACCUACACGGACGGCACGCAGACGAUCGACAGCGACGUUGAUCCCAUUAAAAGACUCAACAGCUCCGCUAUUUACACCGACUAUGCUAUAAUGGUGUAUAAUUCGACAGGAUACUCCAUGAAGAAUACGACCUUGAACGCCACCACAGUGAUGGGGACCUACGGCAAUGUUACAGACAUCUACCGACGGGCGAACCUGGCGGCAAUCCAAGACGCGCUACUGGAAUCGCUGUCAGGCUAUAUUGAUGUUUACCUGCUGCACAACCAACUGUCCGCCAACACAAUCAUCUCCCUGACAGACCUAUACUCCGGGACCGUGUCUGCGCCGUACUUCGAUCUCAGCCAGGCCACGCUACAGGGCAUGCUCCAAAACAUCACCCUGUCGCUACUGACGCUCAACCAAACCACAACGAACACGACAGUGACGGAGACGACAACGAGCAAUGUGUACUCCUUUGAACGGCCCGCACGCCUCCUAGCCCCCUACGUGCUCUCGCUGGCCGUGUCGCUGGCGUUCCUGAUCGGCGGCGGCCACGCGCUAGUCAGCAACGGCAUCUCGGCCAGCACGGGCGGCCUGCUGCAGACCCUGUGCACGACGCGGGGCAGCACGCGGCUCAGCGAUCUAGCUGCGCGGGGGAGUCUAGGCGGCCGAGAGAACGUGCCGGAGGAACUGUGCAAUCUCAAGGUCAUGUUUGGCGAGCUCCGCGGUAGUCGGGGGCCACGCAUGGCCGGGCUAGGGACGGAAGAGGAGGUCGUCCCUUUGGUGAGAGGG